AUGGCUCAACUAUGCGAAGCCAGUACAAUAUUAAAAAGAUUGAGUGAACGAUUGUAUCAAUAUAGCAAUUGUCAACAACCUGAUAUAGACUCACUACAACAAAUAAUUGACAGUCCAUUAUUUAAUACAUUAUACAAUUUACAGGAAUCAUUUCAACAAUUAAAAGUUGAAUUUGAAAAAGGAAAUCCUUCAAUAAAAGAUUGUUCAUUUGAUUUUGAUCUUGAAGGCCAUUUAAAAUUUAUUAGCAAGAAAAUAACAAAUCAAAAUAUUAAAAAUAAUAAACGUUUAGCGAAUGAUAAUAUUCUUCGAAAAAUUAUCUUAACUAAACAAACACCUGACGAAUCAUUAGGUUUUAGUAUAAUCGAAAAAAAACAUCGUUUAUUUGAUAUUAAUGCGAUCUUUAUCGAAGGUAUUCAAUCGAAUGGUAUUACUGAAUUGUAA